UCACUACUCCUCCUCCACAUUCUGUUAUCGAAGGUAGGCACCUCUGCAGUUUGACUCUCCCUCUCUCCUCCUCGGCUCCUCCUUAUCCGUCCCCUCCUCUGCUUCCUCCCCCUCGGUCCACCUGACCUCGCUAAUCCCUUCACCCUGGGCUCACGUCCGACAGACGGCCAUGGAGGCUUUGUGUUCAGCCUGCCAGAAACUCCACGCUUCCCCCCCCCGCCCGCCCGCCCUCCCCCUUUCUCUCUUUUCUCUUUCUCCAGCCCUCGCUAGCGCUCUCCUUCAGUCGUGCCUCUCUCCUUCCCUCGACACACACACUCUCUCCCCCUGCCUGGAGAGCAGCUGCUGCCAUCAGAAACCCCUCGCUCGCUCCCUCGCUCGCCCCCGCUGGGCUGAGCUCUCUGUUCUCCGGUGGGCUCUCUCUGCGCCGCACUCCUCGGCUCUCCUCCCGCGGGCCCUCCCUCCCUCGUCCGGCCACCGCCCUGCUCGACUCCCUCUCCUCGUUCCUCCACGCCUCGUCUCUCCUCCUCUCCCGUCAGCUGCUCUCCCGUGCCCGUCUCUGCCCGCGCGUAUCCCUGGCGACACCAUGACGGACGUUCUGGACCUGAACCAGAUCGCCUGUUCGGUCGUUGGAGUGGAGCAUGACAUUGAGACCCUCCAUGGCGUACUGCAUGUGACUAUGAGGGGUGUUCCCAAGGGCAACCGACCUGUCAUUCUCACCUACCAUGACAUCGGUUUGAACCACAAGUCGUGUUUCAACACUCUGUUCAACUACGAGGACAUGCAAGAGAUCACGCACCACUUUGCCGUGGUCCACGUGGAUGCACCUGGGCAGCAGGAGAACGCCCCGCCCUUCCCUGCUGGGUACCAGUAUCCAUCUAUGGAUGAGUUGUCUGAGAUGCUUCCAUCUGUUCUCACUCAUCUGAAGGUGACCAGUGUGAUUGGCAUCGGAGUGGGAGCGGGAGCCUACAUCCUGUCCAGACUGGCACUGAGCGAGCCGUCUCUGGUGGAGGGACUGGUACUCAUCAACGUCGACCCCUGUGCUAAGGGCUGGAUGGACUGGGCUGCAUCAAAGCUGAGCGGCUGGACUAGUAACCUGGUGGACAUAGUGAUGGGACACCACUUCAGUGAUGAGGAGCUGAGUGACAACCAGGAGAUAGUCCAGACGUACAGGCUCCACAUCUCCCAGGACAUCAACCAGGACAACCUGGCUCUGUUCUGCUACUCCUACAACAGCCGCCGCGAACUGGAGAUGGAGAGGCCAAUCGUAGGUCUGACUGAUGACACUGCCAACACGAUGAGGUGUCCUUCUCUGCUGGUGGUCGGAGACACGGCCCCCGCCGUCGACGCCGUGGUGGAGUGUAACUCCAGGAUGAAUCCCACCAAAACCACCCUGCUGAAGAUGGCUGACUGUGGCGGCCUCCCUCAGGUGGUCCAGCCUGGCAAACUGGCUGAAGCCUUCAAGUACUUUGUCCAGGGAAUGGGCUACAUGGUGCGUUAACAACAGGUUGCCCACCGCCAGUAUGACUCGCCUGGUUCGAUCUCGUACACACUCGGCCUCCAGCAUGGGAUCAGUGGAGGGAAGUCGCAGUCGCACUCACACCAGCUCACAGCUAGAGGGCGCCAGCCCAGCCAGCCCUGCUCACAGCAGCCAGACCAGGCCACAGACCAUGGAGGUGUCUUGUUAGAUCAGCCACCGUGCUGAUACUCCCCCCUCUCUCUGUGUCUGUCUCUCUCUCUCCCUCUCUCUCUCUCUCUGCGUAUGCCCCUCUGUCCUCCCAUUCUGGCUCACCUUUUAUCUUCACUCUUUGUCCCUGUUUUUCAAACCUUUUCCAUGUUUUCCUCUCCAUUCCUCCCCUAUUCUUCCUCUUUAAGCCCCAGGCUGAAGGUCUAGGGUACCUGGCUGCCUGUUGAUGUCUACCUGCCUGGCAGCCUGUUGAAUUUAGCAGCCCGGCCUUUUGUAUUUAUAACCCUAUUUGUAUUGACGACUCCGUUUAUAUUGAUUACUCUUACUUGUAUUGAACUCUUUGUAUUGAUAACUUAUGUGAUAACUACUUGGUUUGUCAGGCAGAGGAGAGACAGGCCGAUGUCCCAAAGCCUGUCCUGCAGACCUAGAGGUCGUCAAACCACCAUCUCCCUCCAGCACCCAGUACCCAAACCCGUUUGUCUUGUACGCAGAACCCAGCCCUUCACUCAAACCCCUCCUCUCCAUCUUCAGUUUUUAAGGAUUACUAUUAUGUUGUGAAUUUGUGAGGUUUGGGUUUACAAACUGAUGUAGUCAAUAUUCUGUCCUACCGUGGGUACUGAAAGUUAUCAGGAAGCAUGACUAUGACAUUGUUGGAUUUCCUUUGUCUAGAUGUUUGUUUCUAGCUAGUUUGGUUUCAGUUAUACAGUCUUGUAGGUUUUCUCUUUGGGGUUGUUUAAAGCAGCAGAGAAGUGUUGGUUAAACCCAGGGGUCAGGGUUUAGGCUGCAGGCAGGGGCUGUGGUCACUAGUCAGGGUGAAAGAGAGUUUACUUCUAAUGGUUAGGGUUAAGUUAAAUAAUUGGGUAAGGCUGCAUACUGCCAGGUUAACAAGCCUACUCCAGACAAAUACUAACAGGUUUGCACUAUCAUGAAGCAUUCCAGAGGCGUAAUGGGUAAUGUAUUAAACCAGACUUAUUUCAUGUCUUAUCACUGCUGUUGUUAUUGGUAUCAUCACUAUCAUGGUGGGUCUGAUUGUACUGUAGCAGGUGACUGUGGUGAUGCUUCGUUCCUCUGCUGACUAUUAUUACUGUUUGUACUGACGAUUAAAUAAAGCUAAGUUAUACUAUCCA